AUUAUUUUAUUUACUAGCUAAAACAUUUAAUAAUUUGUAAACAAAUCAUAUCAGCUUGUGAAAUGGUGGUACCAGUCGUCAUGGGUUUGAUGGUUUCUUUAUCAUCGACGUUUGCAGAAAAUUCCACUACAAACAAGACAUCAUUGAUUAAAGAGGACCCCAUAGCAGAAUCACUUGAGCAUGAUACAAUGGCUUUCUUUGCAGUUCUUAUGAUGCUUUUGAUUUGCGUGAUAGUCAUUGUAUUUUUGUUAAACAGAAAACUUCAUUUUAUACCUGAGGCAUUGGCGGUCAUGAUUCUCGGAGUUUUAAUUGCUGUUAUAUUGACAUAUGUUGUUGAUAAAAUUGGUGUUAAUGUCAAACGUUGGGAGAAUAUCGAGUCAUUUCACCCUGAUGUUUUCUUUUUGGUGUUGCUGCCACCAAUUAUUUUUGAAUCUGGAUAUACAUUACAAAAGGGUGACUUUUUCAGUAACAUUGGAGCAAUAUUGACUUACGCAUUGCUUGGGACCACAAUAUCAGCAGUUAUAGUUGGUUUUACAAUGUUCGGCUUAGGGCAGAUUGGAUGGGCAAGUGAAUUGAAAUUAAUUGAAGCGUUUUCCUUUGGUUCAUUAAUAUCAGCCACAGAUCCUGUCUCAACAUUAGCAUUAUUUGGUGCCAUCAAUGCUGAUCAAGACUUAUAUGCCAUUGUUUUUGGAGAAUCAGUUCUAAAUGAUGCUGUUUCUAUUAUUCUAACACAAACCUUGAUGAGUGCAGCUAAACAGAUGGAUUCCGGUACAGUGUUAGUUAGCAGCUUAGCUUUACAUUCACUUGGAAAGUUUUGUAUGAUGUUUUUUUUGUCGUCUAUAAUUGGAGUGUUGUUUGGGUUAGCAUGUGCCUUGCUUUUAAAGUUUGUCAACAUGCAGAAUCAUCCAUCAUUAGAAUGUGUUACCAUGUUUAUCUUUGCAUACAUGCCGUAUGGUUUGUCUGAAGGACUCGAACUAUCAGGAAUUAUGGCUAUCUUACUUUGUGGUGUGACCAUGUCUCAUUAUGCUCAUUUUAAUUUGUCACCCUUGGGACAGAUCGCCGUACAACAAAUUUUUCGAGUGCUUGCACUUAUAGCUGAGACCAUAGUCUUUUUGUUUCUCGGAAUGGCUGUUCUUAACGGUCCACAUAAUUUCGAGAUUAAGUUUAUCUCAUGGUCCUUGUUGGCUUGUUUGGUUGCUCGUGCUGUUGUUGUAUUUCCUCUCUCCCUCUUCUUUUACUACUGUCGCUCAAAAGACAAUCGUAUCUCGAUGAAGAUUUUAUUUUUAAUUUGGUUCAGCGGUUUGAGAGGCGCUGUUGCGUUUGCGCAAAGUUUACAUCUUCCACUAGCAAACGCUGAUGCACGGAAUUUAAUUAUCACUACUACGCUAGCCAUUGUUGUGUUCACGAAUGUCAUUUUAGGAGGAUGCACACUCCCUCUUGUGAAAUGUUUGAACGUGCAAAGCAAACGUUCAAAAGCAGGCAUCAGUAAAUCACUUGCAAUGGGAAGAGUUAUUGGUCCCUCAGAAGCGUCAAGUCAAGCAAUUAAAUACAAAUCACGCCGUGGUAAAUCUCCAAUGAGCAUAAUUCGUGGUUGGAGACGGUUCGAUAAGAAGUAUCUUAUGCCAUUCUUUAUAAAAGAACGCGACUCGAAGGAUUAUCAAGUUGCUGUUACGCAUAUGAUUGACAGAUGGGCGGAGAACGAAGAACGUAUUGCUGGUCAGUUUCUCACAUCCUCUGCUGAGUUUGAUGACCGGACGCCAGUUGUUAUUAAGCGCACACGAAAGAACAUUGUUCGACCUGUGCGUAAGUUUCUUCGCACUGUCGAUGAUGGUGGAAGAACUGAGGAUGAGAGUGAUACAGGAAGCACUCCUGCACAUGUGGCAGAUAGAGUUCGUUUUGCUAGCAUCGAUGAGACUGAAGCUCUUAAGAACAAUUCCCAAUCUGUUGGUGGUUAUGGCUCGGUCAACAACGAUGACAAAGAAACGCUUCUGUAAAAGCAUACAACCAACUUUGUUUACGCAGAGUUGGGGUCAUGUGGCGUAAUUGUAUGGUAUUGCCCUGACUUUACGCCACACUUCGAUACUUCACAUAAUGUUUUUAGCUGAAAUUUUUAUACGUUUAUACCAAAAAAAAAUUAUAUUUAUAUUGAAUUGAUUUUUUAAACUUUCAGUUUGGCACACUCUGUUCAUAAGGUUGUCAUAACUUUAAAAACGUAGAAUAACAUAGCAAGUAAGUUUUAGUAUAAUAUAUAUUUUGUAUUUUGUAAGAAAAACAAAACAAAAUCUCCGCCCAGAAAUUGCGUAGAUUGAGCGCCUGGGCGUUUAUUAGAUUUAAGCUUUUGCACUUAACACUUACAAGAGAAAAACAAUAAUAUACACAAAAGUGUACAAUAUAAAAGAACAUCUGUUGAUAUUUAUUUACUUUAGUUCAAAAUUUAUUGUCCGGGGCGUUUGUUCGCAUGUUGGUGCAAUGUAGGCACUCUCUUUACAUCGCUUUAAUAAUUUUUUUAACCUUCGGACUUAUUACUUCAUCAUAUUUGAUUUCAUUCUUAUUUAUAAAGUUUAUUUUCUAUUUUUUAUGAAAGCAACAUAUUUCUUUGUAACAUUUUAUAUAUUUGAGUCAAAUAUUUUGCGGCUCUGGGUCGAUAGUAAGACGUUUCUCUAACUUUGUUUCAUUUUAAAUUUUUUAAAUUUUGUGAAAACCUUGAAUAAUAAAAUAUGAAAACAAUUUUUCUGAAAUACCAUUUUUCACCUUGACACUACAAUGUCGACCCAGACUGUUUGUGUGAUAUUCAAAUUUUUAUUUUUUAUUUAUGUAUGCAUGCGUACCAAGGGAAGAUUCUUUUCGUGAAAUUUUAAUUAUUCGAAUGGAACAGUUACAUUUUGCGGAUGGAAUAAUUUCGCGGGUGUUAAUAAAAUUUUACAGAAGAACGUCUUCCCUGAAGUUAUUUACGUUCAUGUUAUAUCUUCAAAAAUAUUUUGAUUUUUA